AUGGAUCCAAGUACCCUCUGGUUCUUCCGCCACCGCGCAAAUAUCGUGAGCGCAUUAGAUGGAUACAGAGCAAAUAUCUGGGUUCAUGAAAGAAGAUACUACCGGGAGAUAGCAACGUGUCUGAAAACCGUCACGGUCAAUCUUGCUCUAAUUCUUACAUACGAUGAGAUCAAUUCCAAACUGUCUCGCUGUGUCCGUGAACGCAUCUCACGUAUCAUCACAUGUCUCAACGGUCUUCGAGAAAUUAUGAUCCUCCAUCCUGAUCAAGAACCCGGGGAAAUAUCGGAAGCACUGUUCAUGACUGGUAGGCACAUUGGACGAAUUAAGCUUGCCCUGGGGGUUUCAGAUCCAUAUGCCGAUGCGAUGGAUCAGCAGCUACAAGAGCUGACUGUGCCCAAGGGUAAAUGGCUGCGGAAAAAUUGGCGGGCCUUGAAUUUCAGUGAUGCGCGUUGUGUUUGUUCUUCUUGCAAACGAUAA